ACUCCUCCCACUACGCGUUGGUUACAUUUCGUCAGGGAGUGUUGAUCGUAAUAACUGUAUUAGAAAUAAAGUCUCGGAUGCGUUUGAAGACGCUGGGUUUCAGAUAGCAGGAGAAGAAAGCGGGUUUGGAGAAAAUCUAGUAACCCUAGAGCUGGCAUGUUGGCACGUAACGCUGGCAGUCAGUGAUGUGAGUUUCGUGAUUGUUUUCAGAGUGAAGAUGGAGACCCCAGGCUCCGGUGACUCCUCUUCCAACCCAAAGCCCGGUCCUGGAAGUCUGGGCUCGAUGUUGAACCUGAGGGCAACCGGGCGCCUGCCCACCAUGCGGUCCAGAGACCUGACACUGGGAGGCGUGAAGAAGAAAACCUUCACUCCCAACAUCAUUGGCAGAAAGAGUAAAGAAGAACUGAAAGUAAAUGAAGGACCCAGGAGAGAGAGGAAGGAUGCGGAUCGUGGGCGACAGCGAGAUGGGCGGGGCAGGGGGCGGGGCCGGCCAGAGAUCAUCCAGUCUCACUCCAUCUUUGAGCAGGGACCUGCGGAGGCGUUGGUCAAGAGGAAAGGUGUGUAUGAGGACACACGAGAAACGCCCAACAGCGCCCCCUGCCCCAUCAUCAACAUCAAGAAGGAGAAUAGAGAGACUGAAGAGGAGACCAAAGAGAUCCUGCGCAAGCUGGAGAGAGACAACUUUGUGGAUGACCCGCAGCUGAGGAACGAAGCGCGCUGCUGUCCAGUGCAGCUUCCUCUGGCCGUGUCCGGCUGGGUGUUUAAAGAAGAGUUCAAGGAAGAUGCUGACUUCGGAGGAGUCAAAACGGAGAAUUAUGCAGAGGAUGAAAAGAUGAACACGGAGAGCUCAGACACGGCUGUUAGAGUCAAACAGGAGCCUCCCGAUGUCCCUGUGAUGAAGGCGGAGCCCACAUUUAAGCCACCGCCCCUUCCCGAACCCGACUUCUUGCCUGACCUGCUGCAGGCAUGGAGUCACUGCAAAGAGGAGGAGCUUCUGUUCAUGCAGCUCCCCGAUUCGCUGCCGGGACAACCUCCGAGCAGUGACGCCCGUCCCACUAAGACCACGGUGCAGUCUGAGGAUGGACAGAACAUGCUGCAGAAGACCGAGGGACAGGAGGAGGAGGCUGAGGAGGAGAACAGUUGCCAUCUGAAGGAGCUGCAGGAGGGUUUGGUGGGCCGCUUGUUGGUCAGGAAGUCAGGACGAGUGCAGCUCGUGUUGGGGAACAUCACGCUGGACGUGGCUCUGGGAACGUCCUGCUCCUUCCUCCAGGAGUUGGUGUCUGUGAGUACAGAGGGCAGGAGAGGAGACAUGACCGUACUCGGCCACGUUAAACACAAACUCGUCUGUUCACCCGACUUCAAGGCUCUCCUCGGGAACAGAGCUUGAGUGUGUGUGUGUGUGUGUGUGUGUGAGAGAUAGAAAGGUGUGUAUGUUCGUCAGCUUGUGUGUAUCUUUGACCUGGAGACGCAGCUCUGCUAGGGUUUUCAAACAAACUGUUCUAAUCUAUGUCAUAUAUAUAUAUAUAUAUAUAUCUACUGUACAUAUAAAAUAAUUUAAAUCAAAAAUAUUGAUUGUGAAGUGUGUUGAGAUUGAAUGAAUGAUUAAAAUUAAAAACAAAAAACAACAAAGAACGUCAUCCUAUUGUGAACAUUUGAUUUUUCACACAUUGACCUAAAGGUCAUAAGUGAGUCUUACGCAUGGUUAAAGUGUAAAUACACCGGUCAGGCAUAACAUUAUGACCAGUGACAGGUGCCAUGAAUAAGACUGAGUAUCUCCUCAUCAUGGCACCUGUUAGUGGGUGGGAUAUAUUAGGCAGCAAAUCAACAUUUUGUCCUCAAAGUUGAUGUUAGAAGCAGGAAAAAUGGACAAGCGUAAGGAUUUGAGCGAGUUUGAUGAAGGGCAUCUCCAAAACUGCAGCUCUUGUGGGGUGUUCCCGGUCUGCAGUGGUCAGUAUCUAUCAAAAGUGGUCCAAGGAAGGAACAGUGGUGAACCGGCGACAGGGUCAUGGGAGGUCAAGGCUCAUUGAUGCACGUAGGGAGAGAAGGCUGGUCCGUGUGAUCCGAUCCAACAGACGAGCUACUGUUGCUCAAACUGCUGAAGUUGUUAAUGCUGGUUCUGAUAUGCCUGGUCAGUGUUUGUAUUUGUAUUAUCUAAAGCAAGGAAGGAUAUUUCAUGGAAAAUUCUCCAUUACAUUAUGAGUGAGUGUAUUGGGAAAACCUGAACAUAUUUUCCUCCCAGGUUUCCUGGAACACACUGUAUCAGACAAAAACAAAAGCAGUUUUCUCUCAGAUUACACAGCAUUGCCAAAAGUAUUGGGACACCCCUCCAAAUCAUUGAGUUCAGGUGUUGUUUUUCAGGGUUCAGACUUGGCCCCUUAGUUCCAGUGAAAGGAACUCUUAAUGCUUCAGCUUCAUACCAAGACAUUUUGGACAAUUUCAUGCUCUUUGUGGGAACAGUUUGGGGAUGACCCCUUCCUGUUCCAACAUGACUGCACACCAGUGACCAAAGCAAGGUCCAUAAAGACAUGGAUGAGGGAGUUUGGUGUGGAGUAGAAUGUUUUUGUCCCAGGGCUUUUCUUCCUUUGAUUAGGACAGACUGGCUAAAAUCAUUCAGUAGAGAAACCUCACUUUUGGGGGCAGCAAAAGUUCAUAUAGAGAUUAAAAAAAAAAAAAAUUAAAUUCCAGGUUCAGACUGACCGACUACAUUAGGGAAGAAUUUUAAUGAAUGUAGGGGUCGAUUUUUUUCUUUUGCAUACACUCCUCACUCACACACACAGCAGACCAUAGAUCUGAACUGGCUCCUGAGCAGAACACUUAACAUAAAUCAGAGUAUAAAUCCCAGUAAUUUCUACGAAUUAAAAGCGAUGCUCAAUAAUUUCAGAUGUUGCGACUAUUUUCUCGGCAGCUCGGUACAUCCACGCCUGCCACAAGUGGGAGGAGUCGACCAACCAGUGAUGCACUCAUGAACUCUCACACACCUCACUCAUAUCUACAGAUUUUAGGCUUUUAUUUUGCUAUUUGUUUGUUGGUUUCAGAAUUUUGUUGCUAUGGCAACAUGUACAAUUUGUCAUGCCAAUAAAGCACUUUUUGAAUUUGAAACUUCAGACAUUCGUUCGGUCAGUUUUCCAUGUUGCCUUGGGGUAUGAAAGAUUUAAGUUGGAGGAGGUUGGUGUUGAUGUUGCGGCCUGUCUUUGGGCACCCUGGGUGCCAUGCGGUAUCGCUCUGGGUAACAGGAGGGGUUUCAGUGUUGGUCACCACUUCUUGACCAUUUUGCCCAAAUAAACAAGCUCCCUCCUUAUGGUUGUGGAACUGUUUAGAAGGGGAACAAGUGACAGGCCAGCCCUGACCUGUAGGGGGUUUGAGAACGACAGAGUGGGAGAACAUUGGUCAGGCUCAACCGAAGCAAUACAAAAGGUAGACCAUACCUAGCUGGACCACCCUGGAGCUCCCUUGAAUAAAUUCCACUCCACUCGUUACCCCGAUGCACUUUCGCACACAAACACUGGGUCACUUAAUUCAAG